GUAAGUCGAACCGGUUGCUUGGGUUGGGUUACCCGAUUUCCCGUUACCAGGCGCUAUCUGGCGGAUGCAAACAAGUACACGUCAUCUACUUCCCAUUCCUUCUUCUUUCUGCGGCCACUGCCCGUCCAACAUCUCCACUUUCCACUUUCCAGUAAUCCCUCAAAAAAUCAAAUCACAGCUUCGCUUCCGAUCGAUUUCUCAUGCAAUUGGGAAAACCCCCACCGCUUCUCGUCAAAUAGAAGCAGCCAAGCCCUAGCCAAUCAACGCCCGCCGAGGAUGCGAUUCUCGAGACCUCAUUUCGGUGCAAGAAAGGCGGUGGCCUGCCGACUCUGGAAUUCGGGUUUUACUAGACACAUUGUGACCAGUUGCAGGGCCGUGUUGCUUCCCCGGUUCGGAGGCCCGGAGGUGCUGGAGCUCCGGGACGGCGUCGAUGUGCCGCCGCUGAAGCCCAAUGAGGUCCUCGUUCGUGUUCGGGCAGCUUCGGUCAAUCCACUAGAUACCCGAAUGCGAGCAGGUUAUGGGCGUUCGGUAUUCGAGCCACUCCUACCUCUCAUUUUGGGUCGAGAUGUCAGUGGGGAAGUUGCAGCCGUUGGAACCUCGGUUCAUUCCUUGAAUGUUGGACAAGAGGUCUUUGGUGCUCUGCAUCCAACUGCUGUCAGGGGCACUUACACAGAUUAUGCAGUGCUUUCAGAAGAAGAACUUGCUGCAAAACCAGCUUCAAUUACUCAUGUGGAAGCAAGUGCUAUUCCUUUUGCUGCACUGACUGCUUGGCGUGCUCUAAAGAGUACGGCUAGAAUAGCUGAGGGGCAACGGCUGUUAGUAAUUGGUGGCGGUGGUGCUGUUGGUUUUGCUGCCAUCCAGCUGGGUGUUGCUGCAGGGUGCUAUGUUACAACCACCUGUGGAGGUAACAGUGUAGCUAGAAUGCUAGAAUCUGGUGUAGAACAGGCUGUCGACUACACUGCUGAGGAUAUUGAGGUAGCUAUAAAAGGGAAGUUUGAUGCUGUUUUGGACACUAUUGGAGUGCCGGAAACAGAGAGAACGGGAAUCAAUUUUCUGAAGAGAGGUGGGCACUACAUGACACUUCAGGGGGAAGCAGCAAGUUUGACGGAUAGAUAUGGGUUAUUGGUUGGGCUUCCCAUCGCUACUUCAAUAUUACUGAAGAAACAGAUACAGUAUCGUUAUUCUCAUGGAAUAGGUGGGGAAAUUUCUUUUUCUACCAGUUCUCUUUUCAUUCCAACCUCAAACUUCCAUUUGAACCAUCUGAUUACUGUUUUGAUAAUACUGGCUUGACACUGUUAUCUUGACUUGGGGUCCGAAUUGGACCAAAUGUUUUCUCAUGAACCAGACUUUUGAGCCUACUACUUGGAAGUUGGAACUAAAUGACUGUAUUCAUCUGUUGGUGCAGAGUAUUGGUGGAAUUACAUGAGAGCCGACUCCGACGGCCUAGCUGAAAUACGCAGACUCUCCGAAAUCGGGAAGCUGAAGAUGCCCGUGGAGAAGACGUUCCCGAUCUCGCAAGUGAGAGAGGCUCAUGAAGCAAAAGACAGCAGGCGGGUGCCCGGUAAAGUCGUACUUGAACUCGACUGAUAGGCGAAUCCUUUGAACAGAAUUAGAAUGCAGGUUAUGCAAUUGUGAAAUGGGGGGGUGGUCGAAAGUGAUUUGCUUUCUUCCUUUCUUCCCUCACAAGUCAGCUUUAGCUCAUACUAGUUGUGGUGAUUAUGCAAUGCAAGUAAUGAACUUGAGAAAAUAGUGUGUUCUUUUUCAUAUAUAGAUAAUAAAAGAGUUGGUUAUAGUAUGUACUAGUUUUCUUCUGCUCCUCCUUGGCUCCUUGCUUGCUGUAAGUGUCCCUUAAAACUAUAUAUUAGACUGUCAGUUCGCUUCUGUGCUUGUUUGUGAGCGAAAUAUUUGGUAAUUGUCAAUUAGUUUAUUAGCCGUCGCC